AGUGCAGUGCAGGAGAGAGAGAGAGGGACCUGACCUCAACUCAAUAGUAACAGAUACCGCCAACUUAGGUUCCCCAGCCACUACUCUAACGACCCUCCUAGCUGUACCCAGCUGUCUUCCACACCCACAAUUUCAUCACCCUACCCAUUUUCUCUCUUUCUUUUCCCCCCUUUACCCUUUUUUUUAUCUCUCUCUCUCUCACCUCUUCAACCUCCCUCAAGUCUAGUCUCAUCCCAACUAAUUCAAUUCUAUUCUCUACUAAACACAUCACAUUCUCUUGCUUUUUCCCAUUUCACCCUAAACACACACACUACUUCCACUGCACCGAAUGUUACUUCUACUUUUCUACCACCAUUAACACUCUUUCUCCAUUUUCUGAACCAUUUCACCAACAUGGAUCCCUGUCCGUUCGUUCGUCUAACCAUCGGAAACCUCGCCCUUAAAAUCCCUGUCGCCUCCAAACCUGCACGCUCCGUCGUGCAUCCUUCAUCUUCACCGUGUUUCUGCAAGAUAAAACUCAAGAACUUUCCUCUACAAACUGCUCUUGUCCCCUUCAUCCCUCACGAGAAUAAUUCCCCUGACUCACAAAUCCAACCGAUUGCCGCUUCUUUUCAUCUCAGUAAGGCUGAUCUUGACAGGCUCACCGGAAAAUCCAUAUUCGCCAAGAAACUUACCCUCAAAAUUGCGAUCUACACCGGUCGGAGUGGCACCACAUGCGGUGUUAACUCCGGGAGACUUCUCGGAAAAGUCUCCGUUCCGUUGAACCUCACCGGUACUCUAACGAAGGCCACUGUUUUCCAUAAUGGAUGGAUUACGGUUGGGAAGGAUGAUAAAGGCGGUUCUGCACAGUUUCACCUCAAUGUUAAGGCCGAACCUGAUCCUAGGUUCGUAUUCCAGUUCGACGGCGAGCCAGAAUGCAGUCCUCAGGUUUUUCAGAUCCAAGGCAAUAUUUCACAACCUGUCUUCACGUGCAAGUUCAGUUUUAGAAACAACAGUGGUGACCGGAAUCAACGUUCUAGAUCAAUGCAAUCAGAGGUAGGAGCUUCUAGAAGCUGGUUAAGUUCAUUCGGAAGUGAACGUGAACGUACAGGGAAAGAACGCAAAGGAUGGUCCAUUACGGUUCACGACCUUUCCGGUUCACCGGUUGCAGCUGCUUCAAUGGUCACACCUUUCGUUGCAUCUCCCGGGUCAGACCGGGUUAGCUGCUCAAAUCCCGGUUCAUGGCUUAUUCUUCGUCCUGGUGAUGGUACAUGGAAGCCUUGGGGAAGACUGGAAGCGUGGCGCGAACGCGGUGGCUCUGAUGGUCUUGGUUACCGGUUUGAACUUAUGCCGGACACUAACGGUAGCAUGAGUGCUGGUGGUAUUGUCAUUGCAGAGUCAACGUUGAGUUUGACUAGAGGAGGGAAGUUUGUUCUUGAUUUGAGUAGCCGUUGUGGAGGAGGUGGUGGUUCUAACGGUCGUGCGACGCCGGGAAACGCGACGUCGCCGGUUUGUAGUCCAAGGGGAAGUGGUGAUUAUGGUUAUGGGCUAUGGCCUUAUUGUAUGUAUAGAGGGUUUGUGAUGUCGGCGAGUGUAGAAGGUGAGGGAAGGUGCAGCAAACCUACGGUGGAGGUGAGUGUGCCGCACGUGAAUUGCACGGAGGAUGCUGCUGCUUUUGUAGCUUUAGCUGCAGCCGUUGAUUUAAGUGUGGAUGCUUGCAGGCUAUUCUCUCAACGGUUAAGGAAAGAGCUUUGUCAGCAAAUGGAUUUAGUUGGAUGAUUUCUAUGUUUAUGUCUUUUUCUUUUGAAUUUUUUUAAUGGGGUUGUUGAUUUUGAGUGAGUGAGGCAUUUUACUCGUACUAACAAACAACAAUUUACAGGCUGUACAGGAAUGGGGUAGAGCAGUGGGGUUUUGGAUUCACGUGUGGUUUUUCUUUGAUUUUCUGUCUUUUUUUUUUUUGUUAAUUAUGGGAAAUCAAGAAAAGCUUUUUUUUUUAUGUGUUUAACCAUUUUUAUUUUUUAGAACUGUUGCACGGACUCAUAGCUCAUGUGUUUGUGUGCUUUUCUUUUGUUUUUUUGGUGUAUCUUUGAUUCCUUCAGUCAUGUAAGGCUUAAGCUGUAAGUACUUGGACCGGUCAAUGUUCUUUGAAUAUAUAGUUCACCAAAUUCAUAGCUGGCUAUCUGUUUUUUUA